CCGGAGCGAGCGGUAUAUUCCAAAUUGUAGACGGCGUUGGAGAAACCAAAGGCAGCGGAAACUGCAAGCGACCAGCCACAGUGAGGGAAUUUUCUUCACCAUCUUUUAUGCUAAACCGCUGUGGGGUGCCACUGGAUUGAUGGAAUUGAGCAUUCUUAGGUGCUCGCACGGCAGGAGUCUCUUUAGAGUCUUCAAGCCCUUCCCUCUUUCUCUGAAAACGAGUAUUUCCAAUCCCCACCACAUGCCAAUACAAAACGUUGGUGGAGGCUCAUCUAAUAGAGCUUAUGAUGCAUUGCUUUUGGAUGCUGGAGGAACACUACUGCAGUUGGCAAAGCCAGUUGAAGAGACUUACGCAUCCAUUGGCUCCAAAUAUGGUCUAAAUAGCACUCCUGCUGAGAUAAAGCAAGGAUUCAGGAGAGCAUUUUCUGGUCCGUGGCCUCAAAAGCUACGUUACAAGGGAGAUGGAAGGCCAUUUUGGAAACUCGUCGUUUCAGAAGCCACUGGCUGUUCUGAUGAUAGUUACUUUGAAGAAGUUUAUCAGGAUUUGAGUUCGCAGAAGAUGAUUGACACUGUCUGGCAUAGCAUGGGAUUCUACCUCUUGAGGACAUCACCUCUUCUAUACUAUGCAAAUGGUGAAGCAUGGCAUCUUCCAGAUGGAGCUUAUGCAACCCUGGGUGUUUUGAAAGAUGCUGGAGUUAGGUUGGCUGUUGUGUCCAAUUUUGACACUCGGUUAAGGAAGCUGUUGAAGGAUCUAAGUGUCUUAGAUAUGUUCGAUGCUGUUAUAAUAUCGGCAGAAGUUGGAUAUGAAAAGCCAGAUGGAAAAAUAUUUGAAGCUGCGUUAGAUCAACUUGAAGUGAGGUCUGACAACGCUGUGCAUGUUGGAGAUGACCAGAAGGCAGAUAAGGAGGGGGCCAAUGCCGUUGGAAUAGAUUGUUGGCUAUGGGGAAGCGAUGUGAUGACGUUUGAGGACAUUCAAAAUCAAAUUCUCGUUCGAGCCUCCGGAUUCUAAGCAGCUGAUAUUGUACUUCACUUCUUCCUAUGGGACAGAUAUGAAUCUGUAUUGGGUUCUCAACUCUCUCCUUCCAUAUUGGGGUCUUUGUUGUUCAUUGAUUGCGAAACUCUGAUGGUUGCCUCACAUUUUUUGAAAUAAUUUAUGUUAGGAGUUAUUGAUGGUGCGCACGCUCCUUAUAAGAUGAAUAAACAAUUUCUAUAAGAUUUUGAGAUGAAACUCUAUUUAAGCAGGAUUUUCUGCACAUAUAACCUAGAUAAAUUGGUAAAAUUAUACAAUUGUCUGCC